CAUCAUCAAGUACAUCAAUUACAUAGGUGCCAUGUAAUCAUCAUCAAGAACAGGUAUAUUGAUUACAUAAGUAUCAAGUAAUCAUCCUCACAAGCAAAUUGAUUAAAUGUGCCAUCAUGUAAUUAUCAUCAAAAAUUUAUCAUCAUGAAUCAUCAAAUUGACCAUAUGAUAUAAUGUGCCAUAUCAUGAAUAUUAUUAUACAUUUGUGGACGUAUAUAUAUGUAUAUGUAUACGUCUGUGAAUCAUUCUACAAUUCUAGCGUGGUACCACUCAGCGGUUUCGCUGAGCGUGUAGUUUGUAUUUUUCGUUGACUACACGUAGGUAACAAGAAGACAAUGAUGGAACCAUUCCCGGAGGGCAUUGAGUCAUAGGAGAUGCAAGGAUGGCAGGCAAAUGUUUGAUCAACAUAUUUUAAAAAAAGUCAUGAUUUGAUUAUUAUUGUACUUCCGCAUUACUCUGAAAAUAUUUUUAAAUGGGUCGCGAUCCAGAGUCUGUAAAUUUAAUAUUUAUAAUAAAUUGUCAUUUUCAAAUGUCAAGCGAAAUUUUUAUUUAACUCUCGUUUCACCUUAAUUCGUAUAAUUCCGGGUUAUACGGAUUGGGGUGUUACAAGGGCAGUUUGAUUAUGGCUCGAGGUAAGAAGCAGAAUUCACUUUAUGUUAUGCAGGCCAGAACUAUUGAAGAUUGUGAGAAGAAGCAGGCAAAUCCUUCUCCAUGCAUCACAGUUGAUCCAGUUCCAUCUCUUCCUCCUGUUGUAGUCCCUCAAGAUCAUGGGGGAGAUAUGCAUGAUCAUACAGUUGAGUCCCCUGCAGAUGACCAUCAUGAUGAUGAUAAUCAUGAAGAUGGUGGUGAUGAUAUUCCAGAGUCACAGCCAUAUUCAGAGCCGCCACCAGCACCUCAGUUGAGAAGAUCCACCAGAGUCAGAAAACCUUCCACGAGACUUUCGGAGGAUGAUUUUGUGUUAGUCACUGAUGGGGGAGAGCCAGAGACAUAUGAUGAGGCUAUGUCACAUGUGCACCGCGAGAAGUGGCUAAGUCACCCAAGCCAGAAGACUAGCGCGAAUCUUUUUCUCACCCGGAAGACUGAGAAUGACUCCUCCGGAUUUGUCAGCCAAGAACCAGAUGCCUCAAGGAAGAUCGGAAUUCUCAAAAAGCGGACAAGUGAGAAAAGACUUAGAAAAAUUAUCUAAGUCUUGAAUGAAGAAAUUCUACCCGUUGCUGGUGGGCGGUGGCGUGCGGUAUCACAGUAGCUGCUGGGGGUGUAGAAUCGAAGAUGAUGAACAUAGGAGAAGAACAUGGAGUGAAGAAUCGGAGAUGGUGCAAAAGUAUGAAAGUGAAUCUCGAGGGAAAGACUUGAAUCCAAAGAUUAGGGAAGAAAUAGGGCUGGAGAUUUUUUGAUGAAUGCCUAGAUCAAUGGCGAUAAGUCACAGUCCCCUCACAUUAAUACAAGACUACGGAGUACAGAGUAUUAAGAGUUUCAAUCGGUCAUCUCGGUCUGGACCUAUAUUAUUUCGGGUCUGGACCGGACCGGACCAAAACCCGAAAUUUUAAAAAGUAUGGACCGAAGACCGACCCGAAAUCAAUUCGGUCUGGACCU